AUGGGCAACGGUGCCAGUUCGAACACGCACUUCACCAUAGACGGUGAGUCGAUGGACGUUCACAAAGUCAAGGCGUUGGUCCCAGAGCUCCGGCAUGAGCUCAGACGGCGGGAUAAGAUCAUCGAGCAGUACGACUCGCAAGUGCGACAGAAGGACGAGUUGCUGAAAGAAAAAGAAGCGGAGAUCGCUCGCCUCAAAGAAGAGGUUCACAAGCUGAAAUCGGUUCUGCAGCUCAAAGUGGACACGCUGAAAGCCCAGGAGAGUAAGCCAGACCUCCUGUCCACUAUCGACGAAAACCAGGCCGAGCCUACUGCUCCUCGGGGCCCUGCUAAAAAGCAGGGUGUGUCGGGAGAGAGCCCCAGCUCAAAGACCCUGGGCUAUGUGGAUCUAACACACCACGAAAAGGAUUUCAAAUCGAAACAGCUAAUCAAAGACGCCAUCUUGAGCAACGAGUUCAUCAAAGUGCUAGCGGCCACGCAGCUCCGUGAGAUCAUCGACUGCAUGUACGAGAAGCGCGUGCCCAAGGCGUGCUACAUUAUCAAGGAAGGAGAGCGGGGCGAGCAUCUCUAUGUCUGCGCAGAUGGUCUCCUGGAGGUGCAUAAGGAGGACAAGAGGCUGGGAGAAAUCAAGUCCGGGGGCCUCUUCGGCGAGCUCGCCAUACUGUACAACUGUAAGCGGACCGCCUCCGUGAAAGCGGUCACCCACACUACGCUAUGGGUGCUGGACAGGCGAGUGUUCCAGGCCAUUAUGAUGAAAACCGGACUACAGAGGAGGGAGGAGAAUAUGGCCUUCCUCAAAAGCGUGCCUUUGCUCAAAAACCUGCCUUCCGACAAACUGGCCAAGAUGUCUGAUGUCCUAGAAUACGAUUUCUUCCACGAGUACGUCAAGGUCACCCAGAAAAUUGCAGGUCAUGCAGAGCCUAAAGAAGUGCGCCGACUAAAGAGGGGUGAUUACUUUGGAGAAAAAGCGUUAUUAAGGUAAUUUAACAGGAAAGCCAAAGAGUCAUUCACCCAGUUUGUCGGUGACCUCAACGAACUUCGCAACAAAGACUAUGGCGACGAAGCCCGGGGAGCAGAAUCGUAUCCUUUCAUUAGCCACAAGACCUUCCGCGACCGGAAGUACGUGUACAUGUUGAUGGAGGUGUGUCUGGGCGGGGAGCUGUGGACCAUUCUCAGAGACAGGGGUAACUUUGACGACUUGACGGCAAGGUUCUGCGUCGCCUGUGUGUUAGAGGCUUUCUCCUACCUGCAUGCCAAAGGAAUCAUUUACAGGGAUCUCAAACCAGAAAAUCUUCUACUGGACGCGAGGGGAUACGUCAAAUUGGUGGACUUCGGGUUCGCCAAGAAGAUCGGCGUGGGGAAGAAGACGUGGACAUUCUGCGGCACGCCGGAGUACGUCGCUCCGGAGAUCAUUCUCAACAAGGGCCACGACCACUCGGCCGACUACUGGUCGCUGGGUAUCCUCAUGUAUGAGCUGCUCAAUGGAACGCCCCCGUUCUCCGGGUCAGAUCCUAUGCGAACGUACAACAUCAUUCUGAAGGGCAUCGACCACAUUGAAUUCCCCAAGAAAAUUAGCCGCAGUGCACAUGUACUUAUCAAGAAACUGUGCCGAGACAACCCCAUGGAACGACUGGGAUAUGGGAAGAAUGGAAUCAGUGACAUUAGGAAGAAUAAGUGGUUCCAAGGCUUUGACUGGGAUGGAUUAAUGGAUCUGACCCUCACUCCUCCAAUUGUGCCCAAGGUGAAAAAUCCUACAGAUACAAGUAACUUCGAUUCCUACCCCCGCGACAUGGAUAUAGCUGCAGACGAGUUAUCCGGCUGGGACAUUGAUUUCUGA